CGCUUAUACCUUUCUGAAGUUUAUAAUCGGGUGGACUCUGGUGCUCCUAGCAGAUUUUAUACUGGAGUUUCGAUUGGAGUACCUGUGGCCCUGCUGGCUAUUCUUCAGGAGCGUCUACACCACUUUCCACUGCCAUGGGCUGGUGAGGACUUUAUCAGUUCGGCUGUGUCCAAAUGUCACCCUAUUCCCAAUAUAGUGCACUACUUUUGACCAGAACCCUACUGUUGACCAUAGGGCUCUGGUCAUAUGUAGUGCACUAUACUAUAGGGAAUAAGGUGCCAUUUGGGACACAAACCUACUCUUUAAUGGUCUUCUAGACUAGAGUCAAUAGCAAUAAGGUAUUGAGAUCAAGAUAUUGUUGAAAAUAGUUAUAGGCCUUGCAACCUGUUAUAAAUGCUAUAAACCUGUUAUAUACCAAAACUAAUUGUCUUCUUGUUCGAAACUCAAGCAAUGAAUCCAGACAGAAUUAAAUUAUCUUUCCAACAUAACACCAACGUAAUGCACUGUCUCUCUGUUGCAGAUUAUUUGUGUGCUGUUUGUGUGUGCGGCGUUCACCCUGGACAUCUUUUGUUUAGUUUUUGUUCCCCUCCACUGGUUGUUCUUCGCAGCCAGCACCUAUGUCUUAUUCAAUUACAUUUGUCACACAGGUAGGUGUGUCAAACCUGUUUUACAGUAAAAAAAAAAGUAGCUAUUGUAUUGCCUAGCUGUGGAAUUCCUUAGAUAAGGAUAAUGUGGAAUGUUAUUUAAUUGUUGUCUAACAACUCACAUUUUCUGUAACGGGUUGAAACAAACCAUUCCGUUAAUGGGGUGAAACCUUCCAUUACGUACAUUUUCGAAAUUUCGAAAUCUGCAAUAUAUAAUUUACGAGAAUUGACCUAAUGGAAGGUUUUAACCAGUUACAGAGAACUGUAAGCAUAUUAUCAGCUGAUAGGCCUACAGGUUUUGUUUGUAAAAGCACAGUUUUGGUGGUAGCUACAGUAUAAUCACAUGCUUUGUAUUUUCUCUUGGUAAUACAAUGUUUUUUUGUAAUAAUAAAUUAUUUCUUCCUCUUAGAGAAAGGCAUCUGUAUGUCGACGGUGUCCCUGUGGGUGCUGCUGGUGUACACAGAGGUUUCGCUCAGGCUCAAAGAUCUGAUGAACUCCCACGCCAACCUGUCUCAUCUCUUCGCCGCUCACUGGUGGGUCGAUUGAACACUAAGCACUUCUCACCGAAUAGUCUCUCUCGAGCAGAAUCUUCCAAACACACCUGGUUUAUACACUGUAGAUCCCUUCUAAAUGCCUGCUCACGAUGCAAGGAUUUUCACACCACUUGAAUUUAGUGGAUUUAAGAGUGUCUUGCGUCGAAUUGAAUCACAAAUCGUAGAUCUCGUUGUAUACUUUGGUUGUGCACGUGUUUGUCAUGACACACUACUCACAAAGCAUUUUGAAAUACAUGUAGGCCAUUAUUUAUAACAAUAAUUGUUUAUAUGGGAAACUGCCAAAGAGAUGCUGUAUUACACAUGUGUUUGAUUGAUUGGAGCCUAGGUGAUCAUGCACUUGCAUUGUGAAUAUUUAGCCCACAUUUCUCACACCUGAUUAUCUCUCCGCUCCCCCCCCCCCCCCCUCUCUCUCUCUCUCCCCCUUCCUAUAUCUCUCUCCUCCUCUGCCCCUCCCCUCUCUCUCUCUCUUUCUCUCUCUCUCUCCCCCUCAGCAUUGGCUAUCCUGUUGUCUAUCUGGGGUUCGACGCCACCUGCUACUUCACCAGCAUCUUCAAGCUGCGCACGCAGAAAGCUGUGCAGAGCGAGAAUGACUUCCACAUGCACCUCCUGCAACAGUCCCUACCUCCGGGCCUGCAGCUUUACCCCAAGAGCAUCACUGACGGCAACGGCAGUAAGUACAGGGGAGGAUGUGCCUGCUACUUAUUCACUUCUGCACUGUUUUACACAAACUGUUAUGACAUGAUUCCUGAUCGAUAGUAGUACUUUGUUGGGUUGAUUGAAUGGGUAAGGCAGUUGGUUUUAGGUUAGACCCUUUAGAUAUAGGUAAAUGGCGAGCCCAGGGCCCAAAUUCACAAACCCUACUAGCCCUGGUCAAAAGUAGUGCACUACAUAUGGAAUAUGGUUCCAUUUGGGACGCAGAUAGUGCCAAGGGAGGAUAUAAUUAGUUAAUGUGCCACUUUAAUGUCCCUAUGCGUGCAGGAAGCAGAGAAAUGUUACAUCUCACUUUGAGUCCAAUAGACGGGUUGGUUGUUUAGCAACAAAACUAUGGGGCAAAACAGACGGGGUUGGCUUAUAUUGUUGACAACAUGUAAACUAUAUUUAGUCCGCAAAUGUUUAUUGAAAACAUAAAUGCAUUUCCACAAUGAGCACUUGUUGUCUCUCAAAUACAUCGCUACUGUUGUUGGUUAGCUAGCUAGAGAAUUUGAGCCAUAUUAGCAUAGACAUGAAAUCAGUCAAAACACCACAAAACAAGACAUGGUAUCAAGAACAAGAUAAAACUAGCUUAAACGAGCCUCCUAUUAUUCCCCACAUGGCAGCUCUCGUCAUUGUUGUUAGCUAUCUGACUGUUCAGAAUCACAAACUAGCACGGCUUCCGGCCACAUCGAUGCGUGCACAUCAUUUUCGUGAUGUUGUCAGCCAACCCGUCUGAACUCUAUAGCAAGAUAUUGUCUUUGAAAUAUAGCCCUUUUUUCCCCUGCAGACUCAAAGUGGAGGCCCAAACCUGAGUCUAGCCAGUACCAGUGUCAGAACGGUGCUCUGGCGUCUGAUGAGAGACUCACCUUGGACUGCCUCCAGAUCCACAGCGAGGAGGAGCAGGGAGGGGCUGAGAGGGGUGUGGAGGAGACAAAGCUGGGACACUCAAACCCCCAGCCGCCUCUGUCUUCCAAACCCAGAGACCCCCCCACCGACAGGGGGGCAGGAGGAGGGUCGAUGGAGUCCUCAUCCUCCCCCAAAAAUCAGCCUCAGGAGGAGCAAGGCGGCAAAGUCCCCCGGGCCGCCAAAGGCUCUUCCUGCUCCCCCAAAGCAUGCAGGACAUCCCCCGGCGCCGCCUCCAACAUCCUUUCGCCUCCUCCUCCCACUGGCAGGGCUGACAGGAAGCAGAAGAACGGCUCCAAAACGGUCAGCCCCAAUCGGGACGCCGCAGACAAGGGCCCCGCCGCUCCCAAUCCGAAUCCUCACGCUGACCAGAUCACUAAGUAGAGACACUCUGCCACCGUUCACUUUGGUUUCAUUAGCUUUGGAGACAUACAGAGAGUAUGAGUGUAUUACUUAAUCACCUCUCUCCCCCUCUCUCUUCUACCUCUCUAAACUACCCCCUUCUCCCUCCCCCUCUCCCUGUCCCCCAGGCUGGAGCAGGAGAUGAAAAGUCUGAAGGGCGAGCUGCAGGCCAGCAGACAGAGUGAGCAGGAGUUGCACAGCCACAUCUGCAACCUGACCAACAGUGAGCGCAGCCUGAGGCCUGAGGUGUCCCUGCUCAGGCAGAACAACGAGCUGCUCCACAGCAAGUGAGUGAUAAGUUAGCAUUUUAUUGUCUGUUUUAUCAGAAAUGUACCUUGCAUUGUAAAGUGGGCCUAGUGCCACUGCUUUUGGCUCCCCCUGCUGGUUACACAUAUGCACUGACACUCUUUGUUUCGAUCGUUAUGUCAUGUGGUCAUCCCCCUCCACAUAUUUCACAAUUUUAUUCUGUAUUUCACUCAACACAGUUUAGCACAGCACAACAAGAAUAUGUGGAGUAGUAUGCUGAUACAAUAAUAUGAUUAUACAAAAUUAAAUAACUAAAUGACUAUCCAUGUUAAGUGCUACAGAAACCCUUUUCACGUUUUGAAGCUUCUAACCAAUUUACUGGGAAUGGAAAGUAUUGAUUCACAUACACCAAGGCUGCGCCUGAAAUGCCACUUUAUUGGGCCCAUAUGGCUCUGGUCAAAAGUAGUGCACUAUGUAGGGAAAAGGGUGCCAUUUGGCAUGCAUUCCAAGUACUCUCGAUACUGGGGUCUCCAUUUAGUUUAGAACAUUGUGGUUGGAUUCUGUGUUUCAGGAUCUUGUGUCUGACCAAGACCAGGCAGAAAGACAAGCAGACCAGCGCUGUGCUGGAGAAGAAGACCAAAGCAGAGACAGAGGCCAGGCUCUUUAUAGAGAAAAAGCUGGCCGAACUCCAGGCUCACAAACUAGAGGAGGUGGCCAUCUUAGCGCAUAGUAGUCUACCAAACAGGUAUGGCACUCACUUUCUCACCUUCGGCCAUUUUGUAUUCAAAUGUAUGUAUGACUUGUAUGUUACGUAACAACCAUUACCCUCAGAGGCUAUUGAGGCUGCAUCUCAAAUGGCACCCUAUUCCCUAUGUAGUUCACUACUUUUGAGCAAGGCUCAUAGGACUCUGGUCAAAAGUAGUGCACAAUAUAUACGUGUAAAUAUGAGUCUAUACUCCAGAUCAUGCCUAAUUUCACCAUCACUUGCUUUCUUUAUUUGCUGUACUAUUAACUUGCUUUUCAUUGCAGCCUGUAGCAACAGUCAUUUAAGUAAAAAAAAACUAAAACAAUUAGUGAACUAUAAUAUUUGGUUAAAACCCACAAAAAUAGAGAUGGAUUUCAAGAUGCCCCCUUGCUGUUGAUGAUGUGUCAUGUUUCUUACUCUGCGAACUACCCCUCCCAACCCCCCAAAUAAGUGGCACCUCUCUGACGACCUGCUCAAAACAAGCCUGUACUAUUCUCUGUAUCUCCCACCACACUAGGCAGGAAUACUCUGAGACCCUAAUGUUAAGGAAAAAAGCAAAAGAUCUAGAGACAGAUUACAAACAACUGCAGCUGGAGAGUCAAGGGAAAGAAGGGCGUGUGAUAGCUCUAGAGAAUCAAGUGGAGGUAAAAAAAAUUAAAAAAUACUACUCUUUCACAUGAGUGGGUUCCAUACGAAUGUACGUGUCGAGUUUGUACGUUUUGACUUCUUGCACUUGUGUACGGUGCUCGUUGUUGAAGUGAUACUCCGUUGUCUUGUUUUGGAUAUGCCGUUUUGUAGACGUGUGGUUUGUUGCGUGUGACUAUUAUGUGUGUAAUUAUUUGUGUUUGUGGAUUUGAAUAGCAGGAAAUUGUUUGGUCCAGUGAUUUGAGGACUUUUGGAUCAUCUGUUUUUUGUGUGUUUUGGCCUGAACUCAACGUACUGUAACGUGGGCACUUUGUAAUUGCAUUCAUCGAUACUGUAUGCUAAUUGUAUUUGUUUCACAUAUAUUUGAUAUUUUGUCAUCUGUGAUAUUGUUUUCUUGUGGUGACAUACUCCAUGAAGCAUGCAGACAUUGCAGAGGCAGAAGCCAAGUCUUUCAUAAAACAUUGUUGUUAUGUGGUGCAUUGGUUCCCUAACUGGGGAAAUUGUGUUUCUAAUGAGGGCGUUACAAUUCUUCAGCACACAAAAAGCAGUAUAACUAUAAAACAAAAAAAAUGUGUGUUUGGGGAGUACCUUAGAAUGACUGCACCACCAGGGUCAUGUUCAGUAGGGCACACGUUUUAAAACAGAAAAACAACAAUUUCUUAUUGGAAAACUCCAGGUAGAACCACCCUGUUUCACUCAGUUCCAAACCGUUUUUCUCCUGUUUAGUGCCUACUGAACUCCACACAACUAGUCCAUGCUCCUCUGUUAGCCUGGAAUCCACACUGAAUUCACUACGUUUCACCAUCGUUUCACUUCAGAACAAUGUAGCAAAAUGUAGCAAAAUCCAUGUAGGUGCCUGCCAGGCUCCUACUGUGUGCCCCUGGGGCUAUUUCGAGUGUCUCUCUCCCUGCUCUCAUCCCAGGCCCUGGGGAAGUAUCGUUGUAUGGAGCAGGAGGAUCAGGACAUGCUGUUCUCCGCCCUGUCGACCCUGCAGCAGAAGGCUCAGCGUCUGGAGUACAACCUGAGUGCUGAGACGCGGAUCAAACUGGACCUGUUCUCAGCCCUGGGAGAUGCCCGCAGGCAGCUGGAGAUAGCACAAGGUCCCCCUUCCCCUCCCCACACUCACUGUUUAUUGGGACAAUUGACACAUUUGUUGUUUUUGGCUCUGUACACCUGCACUUUGGAUUUGAAAUGAUACAAUGACUAUGAGGGUAAAGUGCAGACUGUCAGCUUUAAUUUGAGGGUAUUUCCAUUCAUAUCGGGUCAACCGUUUAGAAAUUACAGCACUUCUUGUACAUAGUCCCCCAAUUUUUGGGGACCAAAAAUUAUUGGGACAAAUUCACUUGUAUGUGUAUUAAAGUAGUCAAAAGAUUAGUAUUUGGGCCCAUAUUCCUAGUACGCAAUGAUUACAUCAAGCUUGUGACAUCAAGCUUGUUUUGGUUGUGUUUCAGAUUAUUUUGUGCUGUAAUUUCUAAACGGUUCACCCGAUAUGGAUGAAAAUAACCUCAAAACAAAGCUGACAGUCUGCACUUUAACCUCAUAGUCAAUGUAUAAUUUCAAAUCCAAAGUACUGGAGUACAGUGCCAAAACAAACAACAAAAUGUCUCUAUCCCAAUACUUUUGGAGCUCACUGUAGCUCUAUAGAAAUGUGUUAUAGCUCUAACAUUGUGUUAAAGCUCUAUAAAGCAUUGAUUUAGCCGAUUGCCAACUUGAGAUCUGUGCAUGUAGCUUGAACAUUUGCGUAAAUCGUCUAUUAAUAUCAAUGGGAGAUUUGCGUGAAUGUUCCAGUUAUGCGCCCGGUUCUUAUGUGAGGAUUCGGCACUGUGUGCAGUAAGGAGAGUUUUUCUUUCAUUUUACUAUUUUUUACAUUGUAAAAUGGUGAAAACAUCAAAACUAUGAAAUAACACAUAUGGAGUAACCAAAAAAAGUGUUAAACAAAUCAAAUAGCCACCCUUUGCCUUGAUGACAGUAAAAAUAAAGAAAAACCCUUGAAUGAGUAGGCGUUCUAAAACUUUUGACCGGUAGUGUAAAUCAUUUGGGUUAUUUUUUGUAUCUAAGUCUCAUCUGUUGCAUAUCGUAUCUCUGCAUCUACUUCUGUCCCGCAGGAAAAGUAAUGAAGCAGGAGAAGGAGAUCAGCGACAUGAAACAGAAGAUCGCAGAGUUCAUGGCUGUCAGUCCUGGCAUGUCCUUCAUGAUGCCGCGGCCCAACGCGCCGCAGUACCUCACCAAGUUCCUCAACUCGGAGCGCUACGUGCUCAACCGACGGGCGCUGAUGUACCAGUGUCUUAAGAAAUGA